GCGUGGUUCCGCGAGUUACCAGAGGGCCUACUGGACCGCUUGAAGCCAGAGAAGGUAGCGGCAGCAGAGAGGGAGGAGCAGAUGCUGGCGCUCGUGGCCACACUGCCCGCCCUGCCUGACCUGUACCCCCACCCCCGCACCGCACCCUCCCACUCAAUGCAGGCGUGGUUUAGGGAGUACCAGAGGGUGUGUGGGUGCAUUGGGUGGGCCGGGGGUGUGGGGUUCUGGGAAUGGGCAGUGGUUGGGGUGAAUUUGGCGGUGGAUGGGUUGGGUGGGUUGGGUGGGUGUAGUUCAAUCAUGGACCUCCUCAGAGCGCUUCACACUUGCCCCUUCCUCUCCUCUCCCCAACCAAUCCCUCUCCCUCCCUCCACUGGCCCCCUGCUCUGCCCCCCAAUGGCCCCCGGCUCUCCCCCCCACUGGCCCCGGCUCUCCCCCCACUGGUCCCCGGCUCUGCCCCCAAUGGCCCCGGCUCUGCCCCAGAUUGUGGACCCGCUAAUCGGCUUCCAGCAUGUCAUCAAGCUCAUGGACCUGCUCAGAGUGCUCGUGCAACGCAAGCUCAAGCAGCGCCUCGACAACCCCCCUCUGUCCGCCGCUCCUCUCACGGACCAACCAGCACAGGACGGGGCAGAGAGGGGGGAGAGGGAGGAGGAAGGGGAGGAGGAGGAGGAGGAGGAGGGACAGGAGCGGCACGGUUUCAGGCAGAUAUGGUGGCUUUCUCGGGGAAUGGUGUGCAUGAAGAGAGCACAGCGUCCGUUUGGUUCGCCUAGCAGAAUGGGAGAGAGGAGAUGCGGAGGAGGAGGGGAUGGAGGUCGGGCGGUGGAAGGAAGAGGGGGGAGAAGAGGACGACCGAGCAAAGGGAGAGGGGCAGGGCGAGGGGGGAGGGGGGUCGGGCGAGGGGCAGAGGGAGAAAGAGUGGCACUAGGAGUUGCAGGAGGGGCAGGAGUGGGAGGGGUAACGGGAGGGGUUGGAGGGGUAACAGGCGGGUUUGGAGGGGUUGGAGGGAGCCGAGGUUGUGGUGUUCCCGUGUGCAGGAGUGAGGAGGUACAGGGGUCAACUUGGAUCGUUGAUAAUAGGCUUGAGGGGGACAGUGCAUGUGAUCGGCAAGAGGGGAGCAGCGGCAGCGAGGGGGAGGCAGUGGUGUGUCAUGGGUGGGACAUGAUGCCAGCUGUAACGGGCAAUUCGCUUCCGGUUUCGACCAGUGCUGGCGAUUCUGCACACCAACGGCAGCAGCAGCAGCAGCAGCCGUUUAAGCCGGCGUGGAAGCAGCGCGGUGCAGAGCGGUGCAGCACAUUGAGCAUGGAGUGCGGGCUGAGCAUGGAUGGCAGCAGCAUGUUCAGUCCACACGGGGGCAUGCUGAGUCCGUGUGAGAGCAUAGACAGCCCGGGGGGGGUCCUUGCCACGCCCGUGGGUCUCACAGGGGCAGCUGCAGCUGCUGCUGCUUCUGACCCUGCCUUGUUCCUGAGGUUCCGCAGCGAUUCGCGGGAACAGCAGCAGGGGCUUCUCACUCAGGCGCCUCAGCAGGCGAUCCUGCCUGCUGCGCCCCCCGUUGGAGGGACUGUUGGCCUCUACGCACGGGCGCAUGCAGCUGCUGCUGCUGCUGCUGCUGCUGCUGCUUCUUCCCCUGCUUCCUCCCCUGCUGCUGCGCUUGGGUUGGCAUCCUCCUCAGCAGCAGGCAGUGCAGCCUCCUCUCCCACGGUAGCAAGCCCUGCACUGAGCCCUGCGGCCUUCUCUCCCACUACCGGCACCCCCAGCUCGGCAGGAGAGAGGCGGCACGGGGGGCACAAGGGAGGGUUCAAGGGCGACCUGUGGUCCAGACGAAAAGGGCCUGCAGUGCCCCACUCCCGCCUCUCCCUCCCUGCUGCCUCCUCCCCCUCUGCUGCUGCUGCUGCUGCUGCUGCUGCUUGUGCCAACAAUGGUGCUUACCCGGCUAAUGCCAGUGCCUCUCGCACUGCCAGCAACAGCAGUGCUGGCAGCGAUGCUGCUGCUAGAGCUGCCACCAGCAGCAGCGGUGACCUGACCCCCACCCCUCCCGCCAGCACUGGUGGCUUCACACCCACCCAUCCCCUCACACCCACGCCUCCCUUAACUCCCACGCCUCCCUCCCGUCCGCUCAAGGACCCCUCCGCCCACUCCCCAUCCCCCCUUCGCUCCCCUCUGCUGGGACGGAGACGAGGGUACAAAGAGAAGAAGCACUCUCCGGGUAGCAAGCAGCAGCAGCAGCAGCAGCAGCAGCACGCAGUGCUGGCGUCGGCACCAUCAGCUGGGGCAGCAGGUGAGUGUGCCCCAGCGCUGACCCCCCGGUCAGGGUUUGGUGCUGUGCCCCCAGGCACGCCCCCUUCAGAGGCCGCUCAGAACCCUGCUGUGACUCCUCGCUCGUUCCUCUCCCGGCAGUUCCCAGGAGGGUCGGGCUUUGGUGCGGUCCCAGGCACGCCUCCCCCUCACUCGCCCCGCCUAUUCCCCCUGUCGCCGCGGAACUUCUUUAGAAAGCACAAGUCGGAGGGGGGCGUGGAGAGGAGAGACGGGGUAGAGCGGGACGAGGGGAGAGAAGGUGGAGAAGGGAGAGAAGCGAGAGAAGGGAGAGAAGGGGGAGAGGGGCAUGAGCAUCACUUGCAACACUCUAGGCUGAUGGUGGUGGGUGAAAGUUCAGACAACCACGUGGGGGAAUCAGGAGGCAUUCCAGGUUCAGAGCACACUGAAGCAGGGGCGUUUCCAGAGACAGGUGGUGGGGUUGGUGGAGACAGGGAGGGAGGGGUUUGUGCUGUUUCUCAAGUCAGUUCUGUUCCUCAAGUCGGUUCUGUUCCUCAAGUCGGUUCUGAUUCUCAAGUCGGUUCUGUUCCUCAAGUCGGUUCUGUUCCCCAAGCUGGUUCUGCCCCUCGGUUGCCAAUUACCUGGUCUGACACGCAGUGUGCUUUUGAGAGCUCUCCACACCAAUCUCCCCUGGGGUAUGAGCAGCAGCAUCAGGUGCAGUGGGGUGACAGCAGCACGGGAAAUGUGGGAGAGCAUGCGGGGGAAGCGGGGGGGACAAGAGGAACAGGAUGGGCGGCAGUAGAAGCAGCAGCGGCAACAGCAACUGGAGGGCGGCCAAAGUCGAGUGGGGGUUGGAGAAGAGGGUGGUCUGGGCCUCAUGGGGUGGCAGGGGUGGGUAAGGGCAUGCACCUGCUCAGCCCACACAGGGGUGAUGCACACAGGCCAGGGCAUUGGGACACCGCUGCUGCUGCUUCCGCUGCCGCUGCCGCCGCCGCCGCCGCCGCCACCGCUGCUGCUGCUGCUGGUGCUGGUGCUGGUGCUGGCGCUGGUGCUGGUGCUGCUGGUGCUGCUAGCGAUAGUGCCACUGCUGCCAGUGGUGCCAAUCCAGGUGGUUCGGCCAGCAGGAGCGGCCGAACGAAGCUGGGAGCAGCAGGGUCGGGGCUGGCAGCAGCAAUGAAAACAUCGGUGAAAACGUCUAUGAAGGUACUCGCCCCGCUUGCACCCACCAAGACCUGGGCGUCAGGCAUGGGCGAUAUGUUUGGGGCCAAGUCCCCCCCGCGCUCUCCUCUCCCCGCACUCUCUCCUCUCCCCCCGCGGCUUCCUUUCCCCUGGUGGUUUCCGCUCCCCCCACCCGUCCGGACACGGAGAGAGGGCGGAUGGGGGAAACAGGGGGGUGAGGGGGACAGGGCAUAUGGGGAAGGCAGUGUGAAAACGCCAGGAAGGGGAGAGGGGGCAGGCAGGGGAGAGGGGGCAGGCAGGGGAGAGGGGGCAGGCAGGGGAGAGGGGGCAGGCAGGGGAGAGGGGGCAGGCAGGGGAGAGGGGGCAGGCAUGGCGGAUUUCUUACCCAGCGAAGAGGAGAAAGGAGGGAGAGAGGAGGGAAGAGAGGAGGACGGGGAGGAGCGGCGAUUCCCAGCCGAACAGGCGUCUCUCGACUUGCCUGUCAAAUCACCAAGGGCAUUUCGGAAACUAACCCGGAGGUCGAGUGGGUUUCAGCUGCCGACGCGGGCAGCAGUAGCAGCAGCCAUGACCCUCCCCUCGUCCCUCUCCAUGAAAGAGCGGCGCUCCGAAUCAUCAGCAGCACCAGCCAUUUUCUCCCUCCCUCCCUCUGCUUCUCUCUCCUCUGCCUCCCCUUCCUCGGCAAAGCCUCCGUGGGGCUCCGGGUCGAUGCAGGAACGGCCUCUGCACCUGCAGCAGCAGCAGCAGCAGCGCCUGGCGCAGGCUCGGCAGCAGGAGGUUCGGCAGCCGGAGGCUCGGCAACUGGAGGCUCGGCAACUGGAGGCUCAGCAGUCGGGCGUCUCCCAGGCUCCGCUGGAGGGUCGGUUGCGGCAGGUCCGGAAGGGGAAGGUGCAGCUUCCUCGGGCUAUUUCAGCGGAUCAGUAUCAGCAACACGAUGGGAGGGAGUUCUUCCAGGAACAGCUAUCGCUGCAGCAACAGCACCUUCAGCAGCAGCAGCAGCAGCAGCAGCAGCAGCAGCAGCAGCAGCAGCAGCGAGCUCCUCUAGAGAAGGCAAGCAGUGCGAGUGCAGCUCUGGCAGCGCAGCAGAGCUUGGGGGAAACUCUGGAGCAGGAGGAGGAGGGGAAGGAGCAGGAGGAGGAGGGGAAGGAGGAGGAGGAGGAGGAGGAGGAGGAGGAGGAGGAGGAGGAGGAGGAGGAGGAGGAGGAGGAGGAGGAGGAGGAGGAGGAGGAGGAGGAGGAGGAGGAGGAGGAGGAGGGGUGGGGAAGGUGA